ACGGGAAUCACGGUAGAUCGUCUCUGUCCGUCCGAUUCGAUCAGACGGACCGGAAGGAUGGACCUUUAGAUGGUCCGAGAUAUUUGCUCCGUCCGGACAGAAGGGGGAGAGAAUACCGGGACACUGGCGUCGGCGUACAGCAGGGGCCGCGCACCGUAGUCGGCUGCCUUCGCCUCUAUAUAUAUUCGUUUACUGGGAAGGACUUUGGCAGCUGUGCCUUUAGGCUGUUCCCACGUCCCAUCUGGUUCCUUUCCUCUUCUCCGCCUCGCCUUGUCCUCCGCCGGCGCGCCGCCGGGCCUCUCCGCCGCACCGCUGCCGUCGUCAUUCCCUUCUCAAAACUAGGAAGCCUGACAUUCCUCCGAGUUGGGAGAUAGGAGGGCAGAAGGAAUAAAGGAGGGAGAACGGAGACAGAGAUAGGGAGGAGACACCUAUCUAGUAACUGUGUUGGAAGACCUGAAAUCACCGCCGGCGGUGAAGGGUGAAGCCAAAUGUUCCGGAAGAACGAUUCCGCCUUAUCCUGCUUCUACCUCUACUUGCUCUGGCUCUUCUUCCUUAAGUAGGCGACGUAGCCGAGAAGAGAAGGGAGAGGGUGGGAUUUGAUCGGAUUCUUGAGAAAUCGAAGUCUUGAUAGUGAUCGGAGAGGAAGGAUGAUGAUGUUGGAUCUUAAUCUUGCGUCCUCCGGCGAGUCCUUGGCUUUCCAGGAGAAGCCGCUCCCCGACGAGGACUCCGGGACCUCCAAGUCCUCCGUUCUCAAUGCUGAGGCCUCCAGCAACACUCCCGACGAGGACUCCUGCUCAACCAGGCCCGCUGCCGGCUUCCGGUUUGGCAUCCUCAAGAGCUCUGCAUCUGCUGAAGGAGAGAACGUGGUGAAAGAGGAGAUCGAGGAGGAUGGAAAUGACGCCUCGCUGGAGUCCAGCUUCAUCACCAGGCAGCUCUUUCCUCUGGCUUCAGCGGCGGUUCCAGAGCGACUUCAGCCGCCAUUAGUGGCGGCAUCGUCGUCCUCAUCAUCCAGACAGCAAUGGGCGGAUCUGAACUUCCGACAGUCUAUUCCGGCGGAUGUCAGGGUUGUCCAGCAGCAGCAGCAGCAGCAGCCGCAAGUUAAGAAGAGCAGAAGGGGGCCUCGCUCUCGGAGCUCUCGGUACCGGGGAGUCACUUUCUACCGGAGGACCGGGAGAUGGGAAUCUCACAUCUGGGAUUGCGGGAAACAGAUCUAUUUGGGAGGUUUCGAUACUGCUCAUGCUGCGGCCAGGGCGUAUGAUCGAGCUGCGAUUAAGUUUCGAGGAGUUGACGCUGACAUCAAUUUCAAUCUUAGCGACUAUGAGGAAGAGCUGAAACAGAUGAAGAAUCUGUCGAAGGAAGAAUUUGUGCACAUACUACGUCGCCACAGCACUGGGUUCUCAAGGGGAAGCUCAAAAUACAGAGGGGUGACCCUUCACAAGUGUGGCCGCUGGGAGGCUCGCAUGGGACAAUUCCUUGGAAAGAAGUACAUAUAUCUCGGGCUAUUCAACAGCGAAAUAGAAGCUGCAAGGGCUUAUGACAAGGCAGCUAUAAAAUGUAAUGGAAGGGAUGCUGUUACCAACUUUGAGCCCAGUACCUAUGAAGGAGAGUUGCUUACUGAGGCUGCUGAUAGUCAAGCCACUGGCCAUGAUGUGGAUCUGAACUUGAGGAUUUCUCAACCUGUCGCCUGUAGUCCAAUGAGGGAUCAAGAUUCAAUGGGCAUCCAAUUCCACUUUGGCUCACGUUCUGAUGCCAAGAAAGCAACGAUUGAUAUCCCUUCUUCCCACUUGGCUGGUGAGCCGCAUCAUUUACUGACUGCUCAAUACCCAAUUAUCUUUCCCACCAUUGAGGAAAGAGCGAGAGAGAAGAGGACUGAGGUUGGUUCUCAAUCUCUAUCCAACUGGGCAUGGCAGGUGGAUGGCCCUACUCUGUUGCCGCUGUUCUCUUCUGCAGCAUCAUCAGGAUUCUCUACUUCCUCUGUUGCAGCUGCCCAUCCUUCCUCGCUGCCUCCCCCUUCGUCGACCCUGCAUUCCCAUUUCAACCCACCAGCUCCGUUCAAUUUUCUUUUCAGGAGUUGAAACCCUUGUUCUUUGAUCAGUAUAUGUAUACUCUAGAUGACACCUACGUCUGUAAGGUAGCAGCAGAGGGUAGCCAUCUGCAAAAUAAUAAUUACGGGGCUGGUGCUUGGUUUCGGAGCGUUCCAUAUAGGUCUGUUUUCUUUUUUCUUUUGUUUUUUUGUUGUGUGCGAUAACAUGAAACUGUGAUUUUUAUAUGUGGACGAGUCAAACGUUUUGGACUCUUUCUGGGGCUAACUGGAUGGCCGUUACUGGAGAUCAGCUUUCUGUAGCCUUCUCCUUUCUCAGACACUGAGAUUUGAAAGGAGUCUGGGCAGCCUUAAAAAGCAUCCUUCCUGACUCCUUAUGUUUUCUUUAUCUCAAUGGGUUCCAGCGGGGUCGCUGCUCUUAGCUGACGUGACUUUAUACCUUUGUAUUGAUUGGUUUCCUUGAUUAAUAAUUUUUAUAGUUAAUAUUUAAAUAUGAUUGUGAUCUUGGAUUUAGCUUAUAAUAUUUCAGUUCUAAGA